AUGCUGGCCAGCCUGGCGCUGCUGGCCCCCCACGCGUCGGGAUUCUUCCUGACCCUGUCGAACUUUCAGCCGGUGUCGGCGGCCUCCCUGCCGCUGGAGUGCGUCUUUGCGUACAACACGCCCAUGCGGGGGUGCGGCGCGCGCGACUUUGCCGGCGGCGGCGGCGGCGGCGGCGGCGGUUGUUCGCCCAUGUGCCGGGGGGCUGUUGCGACGACCCAGGCCGGCAUCCAGGAGGCUUGCGCGCUGGUCAGCGCGGGCGCGGGCUCGCUGCUCGGACGGGCGCAAAGCGGCAAUCUGGUGGCGGCGCUGUGCGGAGACGACCGGCCGCACGAGGCCUCCGCCCGGGCAACCGGCACGGCUAGCCCCGUCCCACCGCGGACGGCUGCCCGGACACGAGCCGAUUCGAGUCCCACGAGGGCCAGCUCCGCGACGGCGGCGACGACCUCGGGCACAUGGACCAGCCCGUCGUCGCUCGGCGGCCUCGCGUCCCGGAGCCAGGGGAGCACGGCUCAGGACACCUCGGCCGCGACUUUUGCGUCGCCGUCGUCCAUCAGGGCGGCAGCUCGGCCGACGCAAACGCAGCCGCAGCCGCAGCCGCCGCCGCAGGGCGGAGGUGGCAGUCCGUUUGACGUCUUUGCACCUGGAAGGGGCGUCAGGGGCGUCAGGGGCGUCUGCGAGCCGGGGUGCGGGCAUGCUCUGCUUGGUCUUGUGCUUGAUGGCGAUUGA